ACGGAACGGUGCAGUGAAGGCUUACUUUACAUCGUUCAGAAACCGAAGGACUUCAAUACAAAGAGAUAUAAGAUAGGAAGAACAUAUAAUAUAACUCAAAGAUAUGACAGUACAGUCAAUAGAGUCAAGGUUGUGUUCGUUAAUGAUAUGAGAGCUGCAGAAACAGAACUACUUGAAAAGUUUGAGAAAAUGUAUGGUGCUCCCAUAAAAGGUAAAGAAACGUUUGAAGUAGAUGAGAUAGAUAAAGCUAUAAAAUUAUUUGACGAAGUUGCUGAAAAAUACAUGUAA